ACGAUUCAUCGCAAUUAAGCAGCAACCGCAACCAUCAAGGUCCCACGGAUCCGUUCGCCUUACAUUCUAAUAUUUUGACGGAAACCGGGGCCUGAACGUUUAGAACCCCUUAAUCUUCAUUACUGUGGCUCUUGCCUUGUCAUUUCUUCGAUACAGUGUUCCUGUAUUCUAGUAGCGAUUUUGGCACGGGUGCUCCGUGAACUUCCGCGCUCCAGCAAAGCUGCCCUCCCGGCCUUGCCGAACGAUAUCUACAUACGUUCCGGAAAGGCAAGUUGAUAAUAUGGCGACAAAUGCUAGCAACAAGCGACGGAGAAUGGACGAAGAUGGUAUCUCAAUGCUGGGAGCAAACGAUACUCGAGUCACGGUCAGGAAAGUCGCAUUCCCGUCACUCAGCCAUCAAUCCAGGACCGGUCUUCGGCGGGCUAUUUCUAUGACCUUGCAGCACGUGGGUUUUGAUGCUGCGACACCCGAAGCCAUGGAAAGCUAUGUGUCCAUGGUGGAAACCUAUAUGUCCUCAUUUGCGGCCGAUUUGAAACAAGCAGCGCUUGGAGCUCGUAGGGAGCAACCGACGCCCACCGACUUUGAAUCCACCAUGCGUCGCUUUGCUCUGGUAACAUCAUCACUUAAACCCCACCUCAAAACGUCCUUUUUGGGGUCCAAGGUCGUCCCUUCAUACGCUACCACCAUUGCGAAUGAGGAAGUGGAAGAUAUCUUGCCUACGCUUUCCAACGAACUCAGCGGCAAGCCAGAGAAAGACCAGCGACCUUACAUACCAAAGUCGUUUCCCGACUUUCCGAGCAAGCAUGCAUAUCGCUAUACCCCUAGAGGGGGCGAGACGAGCUGCGACUCGAAGAUGGUCCGAGAAGAGGCUGCCCGGGCAGCGAAGGAAGGAGAAGAAGCACUAAGGAGACUGUUGCGGGCAUCGAAGAUACGGAAGCAAAAGGAAGUCAGCAAUUUGUCGAAACGAGAUACCAUUACAAACUCACGCUACGAGCUUUGGGAAGCAGCCAUGAGGAAGUUCAUAAGGCAGGAUGGCGGGGACUCUUGCCAGGUCGAGGUUGCUGACCGCAGCAUGAUCGUGAACGCAGAUUCAAAGUACAUGCGCAAGCCGGUGCCUCGACAACAAGCUAGGGAUAACAGGGGACCCCUAUAGGUAGAAGUACACACUUACACAUAAUAACUAUAACG